AUGUCUUUAGCGGCGGACGAGCGCAGGCCACUACUCGACGGCGAAAGCCAGGGUCAAACGUUGGCUUCAAGGACUAGGCGUCAAUUGCGUGCGGUCUUCGGCCCGCUUGCUGAACCAGACAGUCUCCGUCCCCUCGAGCGGUUUCUGCUCUUCCUGUCCGUGGCACUGCUGCUAUUGGCCUCGAUCUUUGCCGGCCUUUUCUUUGGACACCGCGCCUCAGACGACCAUAGGGGAGUCGGCAACCCCAGUCCUGGCGGAGGCUCGAAGGAGGUGGCUUGCAUCACCGCGGACUGCGUCCGAACCGCUUCCGACGUCCUGCACGCAAUCGACGUCUCUGUCAACCCCUGUCAUGACUUUUAUGGGUUUGCUACUGGAGGCUGGAGGGAAGAGCACCCCAUCCCACCAGACGCUGGACUCUUUGGGAUCGCUCAGAAUAUCGCUGCUGAGAACGCCAAAGUGAUUCAGAAGCUUCUGGACGAGGCUCCGAGUGGUCAGCAGGCCCAUGCGACGCUCCUGAAGGCAGGUUCGAGCUUGGGUGAGGCUGACAAAGCCGAUCAGCGCAACUUAGGCAAGCUUAAAGAUUUCUACAACUCUUGUAUGGACCGCCAGGCGCAGAACGAGGUCGGUGCACGACCAGUGGUAAAGCUGGUGCAACAGAUUCGCCAACGCUUUGCAAAGCAUGCGGCUAUCAUUGGCAGCUCGGAGAAUGGUCCUGUGCCGCCCAAUCAGCCCCCUGGACGGUCACCCGUACCUCAUCCACCUACAGAACGUCCACAGCCAAUGCCGCCCGCAGGUGCCAGGCAGAAGCUUCUCACCGACGCCCUUGCCUGGUCUCACGCGCAUGGUGAGUGGCAUCAGACGCACGCUGCCUAGCAGAGCGCGUACGAUGGCUCAUAGUCACGCUCGCCUCUGCUCCUUUCUCUCUGCACAGGAUUCACGCCUUUCUUCAGCUGGAUGAUCGACGGAGAGCGCGUCAAGGAUCCAACUCUAGGCACUCCCUACCUCUCCCCCGACGGUCUUGGUCUGGCUGACAAGGACUACUACCUGGACAAGGAGGAAAUAGACUUCUACGUAAACACGGUCAAGACCGCUUUCACUGAAUUGUAUAAGGAAGAGCAGCGAUGGGCUGACAAGGGAGCAGAGAUGCCAAGUGUGUCCCAAAAAUCGCGGAGAGGUAAGCGGAGCUUCGAUUCCCUUGCUAAAGAUGUGGUGGAGCUCGAGGCAUCCUUGGCAGCUAUCACGCCAGACGGCGAGGAACAGGCAGAUCCGCUCGGAACGUAUAAUCCCAUCACUGUUGCAAAGCUCUCCUACGAUUUGACCAGCAUUGACCUGCCCAAAUAUUUUAAGCUCAUCGGCGUCAAUACUCCCAAGGAAAUUAUCUCGAUCUCGCCAAAGUACGUUCAAAAGUUGGACAACCUCGUCAGUCGCACACGUGAUGACGUUCUCGAAGCAUACCUCGUGUGGACAGUCCUGCGUACGCUGGGCUUGGCCCUCGGUCCGUCCGUUCCUCUUCGGCGAUCAAUCGAUGCUCUCGACCGCAGAUCAAAGGGAGUAGACAACGACGCGGUGGAGGAUCGCUCAGCAUUCUGCCAGGAGUCACUCAACUCAGUGCUGGGCUUUCUCGCCGGGCGGUAUUUCGUCAGAGACUCGUUUCCGCAGCAGUCCAAGGACAAGGCCGAAUUGAUCAUCGAUGACAUCAUCAAAGCCUUCAAAUCACGACUUCCAGAGUUGGACUGGCUGGAUCCCAAGACAAGACGCAAGGCGGAGGCAAAGGCAGAUGCUGUCAAAGUCAAAGUUGGCUGGCCCACUUCGCCCAACACGACGAAUGCCAUCGCGAUGGAGGCGUUCUACGCUGACUUGGACAUCAAGCCCGGGGAAUACUUGGGAAAUGUAUGGCGAAGUCAAGUCCGGGGCGUGCGCCGAGAUUGGGCGCAAGCAGGCAAGAAGCUCGACGAACAGCGAUGGGAUAUGUUCCCCGCAGAAGUCAACGCCUAUUACAACCCCGGAGGGAAUGAAAUUGUGUUCCCUGCUGGCAUUCUGCAACCUGCGUACUUCAGCUGGCGUUGGCCGGACUACCUUCAGUACGGUGCGUUCGGCAGCGUAGCUGGUCAUGAGCUCUCUCACGCAUUCGAUCCGGACGGCCGGCUGUUCGACAAGCGUGGCGCCCUCAAAGACUGGUGGACCCCGGAAACCGCUCAAGCUUUUAACAAGCGUAGAGACUGCUUGAUCGACUGGUAUGGCAAUCAAACAAUUCCUGAUGGCAAAGGUGGAGAGCUUCACCUCCGCUCACGUUUCACUAUUGGAGAAGACAUAGGAGACGCCGGCGGCCUAGCACAGUCAUGGAGGGCGUGGAGAGACAGCCUGUCGCGACAAGGUGCACAGGAAAAGAAUCCUCUGUUGCCCGGACUCUCUUACACUAGGGAACAGCUUUUCUACUUGGCUUAUGCCAUUGGAUGGGCGCGCAACAUCAGGCAAGGAGAGCUGGUCCGCCGUCUCAGAACAGAUCCCCACUCGCCCACGAUCUACCGCGUCAACGCGGCUCUUGCAAACAUCCAGAGCUUCGCCGACGCAUGGGGUUGCAAAGCAGGUAAAGACCCCAUGGCCAGGGCCCCCAAGGACAGGUGCGAGAUUUGGUGA